UGAGGGCACGGCUCCCGAUCCAUUGAAGAAGGAGACCCGCGGAGGUCAGCAGCCUCCUGUCCUUGCCUCCCAUCCAGCUGCGGCACCGACCCACCGACCCCGCCGCGCCGCGCUCCGCCAGCCCAGGCUCACAAAGCAGCUGAGUGCAAAUCCUGAUCCGCAGCAUCCCCAAAUACCCCCCCAGCUAAAAUGGCGGAAGACGCGGAUAUGCGCAAUGAGUUGGAAGAGAUGCAGCGGCGUGCCGACCAGCUCGCUGAUGAAUCCCUUGAGAGCACCCGUCGAAUGCUGCAGCUUGUUGAAGAGAGUAAAGAUGCUGGUAUCAGGACUUUGGUUAUGUUGGAUGAGCAAGGAGAACAACUGGAACGCAUCGAAGAGGGAAUGGACCAAAUCAAUAAGGACAUGAAAGAAGCAGAAAAGAAUUUGACGGACCUAGGAAAAUUCUGUGGUCUUUGUGUCUGUCCAUGUAACAAGCUUAAAUCAAGUGAUGCUUACAAAAAGGCCUGGGGCAAUAACCAGGAUGGUGUUGUAGCCAGCCAGCCUGCACGUGUCGUAGAUGAACGGGAGCAGAUGGCCAUCAGUGGUGGCUUUAUCCGCAGGGUAACAAACGAUGCCCGGGAAAAUGAAAUGGAUGAGAACCUGGAGCAGGUCAGUGGCAUCAUUGGCAACUUACGUCACAUGGCCUUGGACAUGGGCAACGAGAUCGACACACAGAACCGCCAGAUUGACAGGAUCAUGGAGAAGGCUGAUUCCAACAAAACCAGGAUUGAUGAAGCCAACCAGCGUGCAACAAAGAUGCUGGGCAGCGGUUAAAUGCAGAGAAGUGCAUUUCCUUUUAAUGCUGUCCAGCAGGGCAGCACCUUCAUGCUUUUAUCAUGGUAUUUAUCUACUAGGUUUGCACACAUGCACAUAUCAGCCCCAUUGUAAAUGUUGUCCUGUGUAGUUUGUCAGCUUUCCAAAAAUGAUACUUGUAAUUAUUUUUUUCUAGAUAUCUUUCUUUCCAAAGGUUGUACAUAGUGCUGAUUUGAUGGCUAUAGCUCACUAUGAUGUUUUUUGGGGUUCUUCCUUUCCUUUCCUUGUUUCUGUUUUGGAUUCCUUUCCUUUUUUUUCCUUCUCAUUUUUCUUUUUUUUAAAUGAUGUUUGCUGAAUGACAACACUGUUGGAAUGCUAAACGUGCUGUUAACCUUUAAAUAUACAGUAUUGUUCUUGUAAAACUGUGACAUUCCACAGAGCUACUGCCAUGCUCCUGUCUUUGGGUAUCAUGAUGUUUAAGCACUUAAACCUGCUGUCUUCAGUUCUUCAUUGCCAUUAUUUGUUGUUAUGAUUUCAUGAUUAGACAAUGUGAAAUUAUAUUACUAUAACAAGCAUUGCACUAAAAAGUGAUGUGAUUUAUGCAGUUAUGCAUGAGGAAUAAAUAGACUUUUAGACUCCUACUUAAACAAGAAUUUUCCCAUGGCAGUAGCACACCAACAAUGACAACAAAAGCAUGCUCAGUAUUCGGACUCUUUUGGGACUAUGUUAUACCAGCAAGUUUGCAGUUGUGCCACUUUUUUCUUGUUGAUAUAUAUAUAGUUAUUAAUCAUGAUCAUUUUUUUUAAUUAUGAAAAAAGAGGGAUUUGGCACUCACCAUUUAGCCAUUGCCAGCAAAAUAAAAGCUUGGCUGAAAAUAUGUCAAAGACAAAAAGAAAUAAGUGUAAUAUAUUGGGUUUGUCUGCUGCUUUUGAAGACUAUCUUUUGGAGGAAACAACUACCAUAUGAAAUGGUGCAAAGAAAUGUAAUUUUUAUAAGGCUCUCUCUUACUAGUCGCUAUCCCCAUGUGGUUUGUUAUCGGUACAGUUCUCUGUUGCUUACCUAGAGCUAUGCACACCAAAUCGCUGAGAUGUUUAGUAGCUGACAAUUAAAAAAUAAUUAAAAAACCUAAAUGAAUGAACUCUAGAUAAACUGUGAGAUAAAUAUCAUUUACAGCAUGUAAUAUGAAAAUUCCUUAUGUCUCCUGUCAGUUUGUGAAGUGAUUGACAUUUUGUAGCUAGUUUAAAGAUUAUUAAAAAUUAUAGAUCUCAGAAUCCAUGCUUGCUUUAUCCAUUUGUUGCCCUAUGUGUCAGUGACAACUUCUUAUUUGCAAAUCGCCUGGGAGAGGAAGUGCAAAGUCUAAAGACUCUUUACAAACUGCUUUUGUAUUGUGUUUCAUGGGAAACUAAAGAUUUUGGUUUGCAAAACUGUAGAAAGGUAACUACACUAAAAAUAACACUUGGUACAUUCUCCAAGUGACUGUUAUUUUUAAUAACCUGGCUUGUAUUGCCAAACACUGAAUCAAAAUAUUUUUCUCAUGUUCAAG